UUUUUUAUGUAGCCGAUGCGUUUCGUUACCAAGUCGGUAAUGUUAAAAGUUAUAAUGAAAUCGUAAGAGGGCUCUUAAACGUGCAACACGAAAAAUUCAUUAAGUUCAAGUCUAUGUUAUCUGUUGCCUAUGGUUGCAGUGGCCAUCGAGUUAUAUCUACAAGGUAGAAUCUUAACAGGAAUGAACCUAGCUCGACCUUUUCGAUCAGUUGCCAGAAACCAAAAAUGUAAUUGUCAACAAAUAUAUUCUAUAUUCAAAAAAUAUAUCAAUGGAACACCAUCAGUGUUAUCAUCUGAAGAAAAAGAAAAGAACGAAGAUAAUAGCGUCUCGUCGAUAGACGACUUGACAGAACCCACAAAUUGUUGUAUGUCCGGAUGCGCAAAUUGCGUAUGGAUUCAAUACGCAGAAAAAUUAAGCGCGGUACUUGAAAAAAGCGAAGUAGACGUGCAAAAAUUAAUCAUCGACAAAGUAGAAGAUCCUAACAUGAAAGCGUUUCUCUCCAUGGAACUCAGAUUUAAAAAUAUCACUAAAGACUAAGAAUACUGUAUAAAAUACUGUAUAUAUGUAUGUACAUAUAAAAUGACGAAAUUUUAGACAAUAAAUCCUUAUGUUAAUUUAA